AUGGCGAUAUUUUUUGCAUUUCCUCGUUUGAAUUUCCAAACACUUUUCAAGGUUAGUAAUCAGUUCUCUCCCAAUUUGGUUCGUUGUUUGGUUUUUAGCCUUUCGGUUUUCACAGAAUUGGAAGGAAAUAAUCCGAAUUAGAGGGAAGCAAAUCGAUCACAAGCCUUUCAAUCCUUUGUGUCAAACCAUCGCUCGCAGACAUGCACCGGUAGUUAAGAGGCUGUCUGAGUAAAAACCGCCCACUCAAUUUCGCGUGAAAUAUAAUUUCCCCUGAAACUCUGGCAAGAGAAAGGCUUUAUCCUAUGGAGUUCCAUCCCCUCCAAAAAUCAAAGUAGAUCACUUCUGUUUCAUCUUGUGGGUGUGACAUUUAACUUGAGAAAGAUGACACUAGACUUACAGUUCAAUUCUGUAGUCCCUAAGACAAUCGUUAAUUAAAAACUUUAGACUUCAGCUUUAUUAGUGAGAGUUCAACAUUAUACCAUGUCCAUAAAUAUUCAAGUUCACCGAUCAACAUUGCUCUCUAUACUGAUGCGCUUUCCGCGAAAGAUGAAAUUUGAAACAUCAAGUUAUUUAGUAAUUGAGUUACCAAAGGCGUACCAAUCCCGCCUAAAAUCAAAGUAGACAAGGGCGGAUUUAGGGGUCCGCCCAGCCCCGCCCCCUUUUUUCCGGGAAUUAUUUUAUUUUAUAAACGUGUGUUGGGUGGUACUUCGAGCUUUGUUACUUAAAUAUAUUUUCCUUAAUAAACAUUGUUAAUGAUUAAAUUUAAAUGUUUUAAACGUUGUCUUUGCCGGGAGGUUGUGCUGUAGCCGCAAACGCUUCGGCCCCUGCAAGCAUCAUAAAGCGUUUUAAAAUUACUUCUUUGACCACAACCACACCUGUGGUUCAUUAUGGAAUCUAGGCAUUUACUAAAUCUUAGCGUCCAGAAUACACUGCAUUGCAUCUCAGAGAACUUCAAUGUCAUAAAAUUUUCGCGGAGGAACGUGCGCCUGAAACUCCCAAGAAAAGUGCGGCGUUCGCAGUCCUGAUGGGCGCUAUCUCGCCCAUAUUGCCACUGUAUACUAUAUUGCUAGGCCCCCUCUAUCACAAAAUCCUUCGUUCGUCCCUGGUAGAUCACAUGAACAUUCAACUUGAGAGUUUAACAUUUGACUUGAGAAAGAUCAACAUUACAUUUUGCAGUACGACUUCGUAGUUCCCAGUUAACGCAAUCAUCAAAACUUAAGACUUCACCUUUGCUAGUGAGAGUUCAACAUUAAACUUUGUCCAUCAACAUUCAAGUUCACCGAUCAACGUUGUUGCUCUCAAUGCAUGCGCUUUUCGGGAAAGAUGAACUUUGAAUCACCAAGCAGGUUGUUGAUUUACCAAAGGCGUACCAAUCCCAAACAAUAACACCGUUCAUUGUUAAAGAAGGAUCUGGAACCUUUCGUGGCCUACCCACAGAUGUCAAGUUUACAUUCAACUGUGCAAGUUAAUACUCGUUUUCGUGACCCAUAUGCUUGCUUUUUAGAUGCCGCUACGUAUUUACUUCUCCUGUGGCGGGGUAGCGGGACAUGUCAGCGUUAAAAAAACUCAUAAGAAUGUUUGGGUCUUCACGUGGUGUCGUGUUUGAAUUACGGCAAAUAAUCUCAAGUCAAAAAUGGGCAAAUGCUUGGCUGGUGUCGCGUUAUAUACUCAGGUAGAUUAAGGCCUGGGUCUAAGUCAUUUAUGGUUUUUAUGUACAGUUUCCAAAAACUAUGGUUAAAGACAUCCACAAGGGACGUUAUAUGUUAAAGUAAACGAAACUUAAAAAAACGUGAAAAAAGAAAUUAAAAUUAUUUCGUCACGUGAUCGACCACGCCCUUCAUUGUUCGAAAAUUGUAACCAACCAUUCCCACCACUUGACAAACGAGUAGCUCGGAAUGGUUCGAAGCAUUACAAUUGGCCUGUGCAACUGGUGUUCACUGACUAGUGCCAGUUCUCCUCUAAGUAAAAUUAUCGACAGGAGAAAGACGUUUAUCGACCUCUCCUCAUUCCGAUUGUUUUUACCAGAAGACUAUCAGUAGCCACUUUUUGGACCUGCUAAAGGAAAACGGUUUACUCUCCUUCUGGUGGGAAUUUCGACUCGAAGGAUUUCUCGAUAAAACAGGGCGUGGCUGGUCACGUGAUGCAGUUAUGAACAAUUUUUAAAAUGAAAUUGGAAGAUUUCUUGGUUAUGAUUGGCCUUAAAUUGUUAGUCACGGGAUGUCUUUAAAAUACUGUACGUUAUACCAGCCCCCUUUGAAAAUUCUGAAAACUGUGUAAUGACCCAGGCCUCAAUCUACUUGAGUAGGUCUUAGGUGGUUUAUCAACAUAGACAUUUUUGGGGAAACAAGUAGCAAGUAGUGACUUCAUAGCUCUAGGCAAUGACUCCUCAAUGUUUAGGUAGAGAGAAAGAACUCGUGCCUCAAAGGCGAAAUAUGCCUUGUUACAACUUACAUAGAAGAUGGAGCUUAAGCAUCAACGUUCGAGACUGAGAUCUUUUGUUAAUAUCAUGUACUUAAGAUUGCUUAUCGUGUUUGCAUUUUUUUACUUUGUGUUAUCUUAGCUGGGCCACACUUUGCGACGUUGCAUUGUCGGAUUAUUAUGAAUCUAUUUUGUUUCAUAUCGGUUCUAGCGCAUUCGAAAUUUCUACAAAUUAGCAGUCAUUGUGACACAAUGACGCAGGCAAAUGAUAUGCGAAAGUGCUAUAAUGACAGUAAUAAUAACGAUGACAAUGAUGAUGAUGAUGAUGAUGAUGUUGAUUGGUUUUCUGACCGAAAAUGAAACCUGUUUAGUUGAUUUUUUUUAUUUCCUAACAAACUCUCACCCCUGGAGAGUUGUUUUACAGAGCUAUUUAUCUCCAAACGUGACCUUAUAGUUUCACCUUUUUAAGCCUUUGGAUUGUUAGCAUGGGAUUUUAAUAACGCCGCACGCCAGCAGUUGGUAAAGCGCAUUUAAUAGAAUUUUAUGCAACCCGACAUCUUAGAGAUUGAAAAAUAGCUCAAUUUGCGAGCCAAGGCCAGUAAUUAAUGAAUUAGGUAAAGUUUGGGUGGAGGGCAAUCUAGGUCUGCUUGUAAAAAUAGCCAAAGGGACUGGAUAAGAUGGGAAGAGAGUGAAGAGAAUAUAUACCCCCUCCUAAAAAGAAUCCUGGAUAAUCUGCGGCAAUUCUUGAUCACGGAAAGAGUUCAGACAACGGACCUUAAACCGCUGGAGCGUGUAAUUAAAUGAAGUCCUCCACUACAUUAGCUGCCAGUUCCGUAUGUCAAAUCGAACUUUCGGUCGCAUGAAUUUGUGUUGACUUUCUGUACAAUAGCUUUGAUCAUAAGUUCUCUUUUAAUGAGUGCAACAACUCGUUAAGUAAUUAAAAGUGCCUCGAUCUGUUUUUUGCUUAAUUGAACUGAGUUUUGAGAAAGUUUGGCACGUAAGUCACGGUUGGCUUUCGAUGACUUUAGAGAGAAGGAACGACUUGAUCACGGCAUUAACACCACGUUUUUUGUUGGCUAUAAGAUUUCUUUUUACUUAAAGUUAUUUUAUAAAAGCAAUAGACUAAACGUUCUAAUAGUUUACCGGCGUGAUAUCCCACGUGGGAUGUUGGGAAACAAUAGAAAAGCCUGUAAGUCACUCGCCUUCGGGUCCUGAUUUACAAGCUUUUCUCGCGUUCUCCCAUGGUUUGUCACGCCGCUAAACCCAUAGAAAGUGUGGUCUAUUACCACAAAGUAACGAGGAAACAGAUGAAAUUUUUUCCUUUUUUUCACAAAAUGAUGGGUUGAGAAAAAGUUAAGGGGCAGUAAAACAUGUCCCUUUGAAAACGCUUCGUUAAUUAGGGCACCAGUCCCAGUCCCCAUUUGUGUUGUUGAAGUUCGAAAAUGUAACAUUCAUGAUGGCGAAAAAAAGGGAUAAAUAUAGGAUAAUGUUGUGCUCCGGGACAUUCUUAAAAAUAAUGACCGAGGUUGUUAUUUAUUCUGAGAGGGCCGAGGCGCGAGGGUGCUAUCAAAUUUAAUGCACCGUUUCAAGGCUACGAAAUGGAGUGCUCUAGGUCCGGGAAACCUGAUUAAGCCUAUCGACGGACCAUUAGAAUGAUUAGAAAACUUGGGGAUGGGCGAAGUUCGCGCAAGGGAAAAUUAAAAGAAAAAUUUCAUACACGCCAUGUAACCAUGUAUUGGUUUGUAGCUUCUUGCCGAACACAACCAUGUAGGUUCAGUACUAAUACCAAAACCGGAUUACCCACACUGGGUUCACCUUGAUUUUAUUCCCACGGUCAGCUAACCCAAACAUGCGCUGCCUUGGCUAUAAAAACCACUACUAUACUUGAACUAGUUAGUGAAAGAGCUAGAAGAGUAAGAAGAUUAAGAUGACUGGCAGAAGUCAAAGAAGAAUAAAUAUAAAGAUGUAAAUCAGAUUCCUGGUACCUCAUCGUGUAACGAGCGAGUUGCUCGAACACACCCCCACACUAUUUUAAUGGUAAUGAGGUGGCUAUAUGUCAACCCCCCCCCCCCCCCCCCCCCCCCCCCCCCCCCCGCACACACCCCACCAAACAAAAAAAAUAUUCUUGCCGCCUGGGGAAGGGUGUGUUUUGUUUCAAAAAAAAAAAUCAGCGCCGCCCCCCACCAAACCACACACAAAAAAAAAAAAGAUGUAGAAAAAACAAACAAAAGUGUGUAAUUCUAAUGCAUGUGACACGAAACAACACGCAACAAAAACGUAGGUUUUCGACAACAGAGUGGAAAUUUUUGAAAACGCGGGCUUAUCGUUUUCCUCAUACAACAAAGCGUAAGGGAUACUUUCGUAUUCCAUCGUUUUAGCGUUUUCGUGUGGACAAGCAAAAACGAUUCAUUUUUUUGUUUGAAAACGGCGAGCAAAAAAUAUCCCGAAACUCUAAAUUACUGAGCUUUUUUGUUAUUGAUAGGUGACAGUCUCCAUUUUUUUGCUGUUGGCAAUGGUAUCUACUUCAGUUGCUGAGCCGGAUUUUGCUAAGGCAAGGAAGUUAAUCAACAGCUUGAAACCGAAUAUCAACUAUGACCAAUUCUGUCUUGGGAGGUUAAAACCGGGACAAUCGAAGAGUGCCCGUCGCAUCGCCCAAAUGCCAAGCGUGGUGUUCCUGUUCUGCAACGAUUACGGAGUAUUCUGUAAACCCCAAAUCGUUGACCCGGAGAUUAAAAACCUCCAGAAGCUUAAUGACAGCGGCGUUAGGACGGUGAAAUUUGACAAGGAAGUGAUCAUGGGCGUCAAGUGCGCGAAGAGCCGUGACCUAACCUGUGAUGGUUUCUUGGAGGGAUGGAUAGACAAAAAUGUAGGUCAGCAUCACCGCCUGGACGGUUAUUUCAAGAGUGGCACCGUGGAAGUGUUGAUCAAAAAAGUUCGAGAACAAAUCACAACUCCUGAUAAACGGAAGAAGACGGCGAACGACCUUAAGAAAAUCCUAGAGUACAUGGUUGCUCCUCAGAGGAAAUACCACUUGAUCUGUGAUCUACAAGGCUUUUUCUUAUCUGCUGGAGGUUUUCUGGUCAACGAUCCUGAAGGCAUCAAGGAAAAUGUAAACCUGCAUCAGAAAUGUGAAAUCGAUAAAGAGCGUGAGCCGACCACUAAACAAGUCCUCGAUGGAUUGGAGCUAUUAAUCCAAGAUUUGCGGGAAUAA